CCUGUCGACACACUCAAGCCCAAGGCUGAGCCUUCUGGUGCUGCUGUAGCUUCAGGCCAAAUCUCUACCCCUGAUGCCGACUACCUCUCGGCUGUUGAUGCUCAGCAGUGCGUAGGCAUGACAUCUCAGCCUACUUCGCCAGGCUAUCCCUACAGCGUCCUGUCACGAACCACUUCAAACGGAAGCUACAGCGAACCCGACGAUGAAGGCUUCCCUCCCCUCGAUCGCCUGACCAUGUUCGACAUCAUCGAGAACCUGGCCCUUCCUCAGAGACUAGAGCGCUUCCAGCAUUCCAUCACUGCUCAGAAGGACAAGGUCCGUCGACAGCAGCAGAAGCUUAGGAUGUCUAGUAUUACAGCAAAAGACAAGAUGGUCGAAGAAUGGAGGCGCCGUGUCCCUACGCCCGACGAGCAACUGGAAAAGUACAAGAGACGCAUGCGGGACAACGUCGACCGUCUCGGCAAGAGGUGGAACGACGCCAAAGCCGUCACGCUGCGCGAGAAGAUCUCCUUCAUCACCGGCGUACUCAACAUCUUCAUCUCUGGCUACCUCAUAGGCGCCUAUCCCGAGUACUUCCACAUCUGGUAUACCGCCCAGCUGGCCUACUUCAUGCCCAUCCGCUACUACAAGUACCACAAGAUUGGCUACCACUACUUCCUCGCAGACUUGUGCUACUUUGUCAAUCUUCUCAUGCUCCUAACAAUGUGGUUCUUCCCUAACAGCAAGAGAUUGUUCAUCAGUACCUACUGUCUAGCUAUGGGCAACAACGCCGUCGCCAUUGCCAUGUGGAGAAACUCGCUGGUCUUUCAUUCCUUGGACAAGGUCACAAGUCUGUUCAUCCAUAUCAUGCCGUGUGCGACACUGCACUGUCUUGUCCAUCUCAUCCCCCUAGAGCUACAGAAGGAGAAAUUUCCUGCCAUCUACAGCAUCAAGCACUCCUCUCCAUCCUCUCCCGAACACUACACUCUUGGCGGCAUGAUCAUCUGGGCCACUGUUCCUUAUGCAUGUUGGCAGCUGAGCUACCACUUCAUGAUCACUUCUUACGCAAAGAACUUCCUUGGCAAACUUGUGCUUUCGUUGCCCGAGGUUCUGCAGGGGCCAGCAUUUAUGCUGAUCCAGUACAUGUAUGCCCUCAUCACCAUGGUACCAUGCNCCCUGUGGUUUUGGUACCGCUGGGCCAGCGCAACUUUCCUCUUGGUUGUUUUCACCUGGGCGACCUACAACGGCGCCACAUUCUAUAUCGACGUGUUCGGCCGCCGUAUGGAGAAAGAGUUCGAAGUCCUCAAGAAGGAAGUCGCAAAGUGGCAAGCUACCCCUGAAGGCAAGCCUAUUCUAGACGAGUCCGAUCCUGCUCUAAAAGCAGUAAAGGGCAUGUCUCUGGACUCACAAGAGCCCACUCAACAUCACUCGGAAAACGUUGAGGGCAUCGAACCUAAACAAAGCGUGUCGACCUCGAUUGAAGGAGCUACCAUCACUGAAGGAGUCCGACAAAGAUGA